GCUUUAUUCCUCUGUUAGCGUGAUUUCGCGAGGAGUUCGUUUUGUGCGCCGCGCCAGUCAGUCCCCGGCGACCGAACCUGUAUACACACACAAAUACUGUGACAGAGAGAAAUACGAAUUAAAGAAGGGAGACAAGAAUAAGGAAAGAGAGUGAAAGAGAAAGGGACUAAGGGGAAAAAAAGGGAGCGAGAAAGAAAAAAAGAGAAAGAGCGAGAUAACGGUUGAGCUUCGCACUGGCGUCAGUUAUUCGGCUGAACGGCUCAACUGCUAGUCGAUGUUUCAAAGCGCGCCGCUCGUUUUCAUUUAUAUGCAGUUCCUUCCUUUUCUUCGAGGUGACAGCAUUUCAUUCACGCGCACUUUCCCUCCAAGGAUAUAAUUACCGAUAAUGACACUAUUGUUGAUGCUGUUUUCAUUAAUAGUUAAACAGUAAUUUUUACUUUUUUUCUGAUUUGUGUUUAGAGCGCAAGCUUCAUUAUUAUUAUUGUGAUUUUGGAUUAUAAGUGCCGGAAACCCACAAAAAAAAUAAAUAUGGCGAGGCAUCUACCAGCCCUACUAUUAGCAAUCUCAACUCUCCUACUGUCUGUGUCAGCGGAUAGUUCGGUUCAUACAAUGUCCAAGUAUCAUCAACUGAUCACGUCAACCACUCUAAAUUGGUUGCCUCACACUCAUUAUACAGCCACAAGUGAAGAGAUUGUUAUUGGCAGUUUUGAAGAUUCUUCAAAAACCAUUUACGUGUGCAGAGCUUUACAUAAUGGAAUUUAUGUGACCGGCAGUAUGAAAGAAGGUGAAGAGGGAUGCUUGGUUACUUCCCUGAGCAUUGUAAAAUUGUACAACAAAUAUGAUCUUUUACAAAAUAUUGACAGUGCAGCUCGCGUCAGUUGGGUAUACUGGGAUAAAUACAAAGAAAUUCCAGUUGGCGCAGUUUCACCGUCGAAUGCCGAAAAUUACUUUGUAGCACGACACAUUGUUGAUGGAGUAAAUUCGCAAUUUGAUUCCUAUGAACAAAUGCAUUACAUUGGAACACUGAAUACCAAAGAUGGACUUGGAAAAAUUACCUACACAAAGAAGGAUGGUACAGAAGGAUCAACGGAAAGUGGUCAAAUUCUUGUGGAAACUGAACCAUUUAGUUAUGCAUUAAAUUCCGUGAAACUGAAUUUUAUUAAAAGACGAGAGAAGAAACGUGAAAGAAGAAUGUUGGGAACAGCAACCCUAACUAAUACCGGCUCAGAACCAGGAAAAGUGGAUGAGGCAUUCACGUACUCGUACAAUUAUACACAGUACUGGGGUCAGGGUCACGCUAUUCUCAAAGGCCUCAAUACUUCAAUAACACUUCUAAAUAAAACAAAAUUACCCGACAUUGUUUGGGGUAUUCCCGAAAGUAAAGUUCAAGUUGAUGUCAAAACUGUGGAGUAUUAUUUGGAACCAGGGACGGGAAUUAAUGUGACACUACUUGGGAACUACACAGACUUGGAGGUGCCAUUCAGUGCAAAAUUGGUAGCGGUUUAUGACGACGGCGCAGAUAAAGUACGUUCAAUAAGCGGUGUACGUCAAGAAGAAACAAUGCUCGACGUUAGGCCAAUAUUUAGUCCAGUUUUCUUCCUAAAUAAUAAUAGUCUAGUUCCUACAACUGUACCACCACCAACGACGACGUCGACGACAACAACAACAACCACCACCACAACAACCACGACAACAAUUGGUCCAGAAUCAAUAAUAAUGACAAAAGAUAUGCCUAAAAUGGAGAGUUCAAAUUCGGAAAAAGAAGACGAAAACAUGAUAAUACCACCAAGAAAAGGUGAUGGCGCAAAUAUGCAAAACGAUGACGGAGGACCUCUAUCAUUAAAAAACAAAAUAGACGGCGAUCAUUCAAUGUCAAACAUAUGUCUACCAAAUCUCUUAACGAUAACGAUAACAAUAGUCAUUUCCUAUAUUAGAAUUACGUGAAGAAACAAAUUUCUAUUUUUCAUUUAAUCCUCUAGAAUGCAUUUUACAAUAGCCCUUUAUAGCAUCGUAGAGUAUUGUCAAUGAAAAGCAAAAAAAAAAACAAACAAAAAAAGGAAAAAACACAAAGAAAUCUAUAAAUAAAUAUAUAUAUAUAUUUACGUAUCACUACUUUCAACUAUAAGUGAUACAUCGCAAAAUUAAAAGUGACAAACUCUUUGGCUAUGUUAAUGUAUACAGAAAUUGUAUACCAAAACAUAAGCUUGCCUUUUUUAAAAAGAAAAAAAGAAUCCUUAAAACACAAAGUAUAGUUGUAAAAAUUUAGCGUAGAAAAAAAUAAGAUCUAUAAAAAAAAUGACAAAGAGCUAGUCUCAAAAGAAGUAUUAAGUAUACUACAUCAGCCAAGACAAAAACAAAAAAAUCCCCCAGGAUUUAACAAACAAAAAAAAAUCGUUACAUUCCGUCUUGUGCUAAAUUAUGACGGUUCUAAUGCCUUCUUCGUCAAGAUUGUCUUGUCCUCCGGUCUAUAGAAGAAAAUAAUUUUCUUUAUAUAACCAAAUACCUUCUAAAUAAUAUUGCCUUCCUUGAAGGGAGCCUAAAAAAGCACAAAAAAAUUCAGAUAUUGCUUUUUCUCUAUAAAAAACAAAACAUUCUACUUCAUUUGGGAGAAGAAGAUGAAAAAAAAUAAAGAUUCGUAAACUAUUAUUAUAGCCAUGCUAUAUUUUUGAGAAUGCAGUAUAAUUUUAGAAGUUUGUAAGGUUUGUAAAAGUAGCAUGUAAGCGACUUGUAGGGCUAUAGGGCUUGUAAAUUUUUUUUUGUUUUCUAAAAAGAUGAAACAGUGCCGGCGCUAUAAUGAAUUUGACGAAUAUAGCUCAAAAUAUAGCGCGAUAUUUGAGAUUUGUUGUUGCUUUUCGGUAUUUAAAUAUUUUAGAGGGGGGGAAAUAGAGAGAAAAAAGAAGUGAAUAAAAAAAAGUUGAUACGAUAUUUUUGACAUACUGUCGCGAUAUGCACGAAGGCACUGAUAUGUAUAUACAAUGUGACUGAAGAGUCUUAAAUAGGUGUAUUAAAUUGUUAAUAUAUAAUUAUUUAAUGAUUUAUCGUUUUUUACACAGAGUGUAGAUUAAAAAAAGUUGUAAUUUGUAAUUUUUUUCAUUAUUAUGUUUAAAUCUCCUAUUAAAAUAUGUAAUAUUGUGUUUUUGACUUCCUCGAGAGCAAGUAGGAAUUUAUAUUAUUGCGUUAAAAUUAAUUUAUAUUAAGUUUUAUCAUUAAAAUGAAAAAAAAUAAGGAUAACAUUCCAAUAAGUACCAUUUUAUCAUUAAAAAAAACAACGUGAUGCCUUACAAAAAGACAUUGCUGCUUUAUAUCAAUUUUUAGCUUGUAUAGAAAGAGUAAAAUUUUGUGAAGCUAAUGAAAAUUUACGAUAUCUUCGAGAUAGGUGAAGGAUGACCGACGUAUUAAUAGAAAUAAGGUUUCUAAAUAUUUUUCAUAUCAUUUUACGUAUGAGAAUUUAUUAUUAUUAAUAUUAUUAUUAUUAAUCGGAUCAUACCAAGCGUUAUUCGUUUCCUCUAAUCAAUAAGGACGAAUAAUUUUUGCAAACCUGUAGCAAUGGAAAUAUUAAUGAAAAAAAAGAAAACUACCUCUAAACAAAAAACAAAUAAGAUGAUUAAGAAGAAGAAGAAGCGAUUCAUUUUGCAGCUUUACCGAAGAAUUAUUAAAAUAUUGUUCACAAAAUGUAUAUCCAAAGUAUCUCUACAACUCUGUAAUAUAAAAUACAAAGACGAAAAUAAAUAAUACAAUAGCA